AUGCGGUACCUUUUUGCUGUUCUGUCUCUUUUGACAUUGGUCAAUGCCCAAUUCGGUGGCUUCUUUGAUCAAAUGUUUAACCAGCAAGGAGGCCACGAACAUCAUCAAGCGCAACAGCAAAACAACCCAAGCGAUGCGAACCACUACAAGCAGAAUUACGAGAACUCUGUCUGCGACAAAUACCUCUGCCCCGAUACCCUCGCUUGCGUCCACUUUCCUCACCAUUGUCCCUGCGCCUGGGAUGCUCAACAAGAAAAGUUCGAAUUAGCUGAGGGACAACGUCUCUGCGUCUCUCGUGGUGGAUUUCGGCCUGGUGAAACAGCUCGAAAGAUUGAAUUGGCAAGAAAGGGAUUACUGUGA